AACUGCAGAAAACCAACGAGAAAAAGGAGGAAUGUCGGAAUCAACCCAAUCAAAAGUGAUGCAGAUUAGAUGACACGCCCAAGUAGAAAGAGCCAUCGGCACACAGCGAUAUCAAUGCGUCUACCUACACGGCUGGGCAGUGCUGGACAUUUUUAGAACUGCGAUGUCGGUACAGGACAAAUGGACAAAUCCAACAUAUUUUGACGGGCUUUGUGCGUUGCCCAGGGGAUGGGAAAAAUCUCAACAAAUUUCCUGCACGAAGAAGUUAUAGCUGGACAUUUGCAAGUAGCAGAGUGGAAAAAACUUCUGUAUGGGCAAAAAAUGUAAUUGUAGUUGUGUGCUUCACAUCGUCUCUUCCUUCCCCUAGGUUUUGUCAGAGAAAUCUGUGUGUAUUCAUUCGCUAUCGAUGUCUGCUACGUUCGUUUCUGGAAGCAGCGUUCCAGGUGAUUCUGGAGAUUCAUCUGAAGUACGCACAACGAAAGUUGGUAAUGUUGCGUCUCUGUCACAGGUUCAGAAGACUGCGAUCGAUACACAUGGUAACGUGUUCAAAGUUCCUGAUUACACCAUCAAGGACAUCUUGAGUGCCAUUCCAAAGCACUGCUACGAGAGAAGUCUCGUUAGAUCUCUUGGUUAUGUUGCCAGAGACAUCAUCUGUAUGACCAUCAUCGGAAACGUUGGUUACAGACUGAUCCCACUUGUUGAGAGCCAGGCCAUCAGAUUCGUUCUGUGGAACGUCUAUGCCUACUGCUUGGGUCUCUUCGCCUUUGGGUUGUGGAUUUUGGCUCAUGAGUGUGGUCACGGUGCCUUUAGUGAUUACACCUGGGUCAACGACACGGUUGGCUGGAUCUUGCACUCGUAUUUGCUGGUUCCGUACUUCUCCUGGAAGUUCUCCCACGGUAAACACCACAAGGCCACUGGUCAUUUGACAAGAGACAUGGUCUUCGUCCCUUACACCAAGGAGGAGUAUGUCGAAAUGAAGGGGAAAUCAGUGAUCUCAGAAGUUGCAGAAGAAACGCCAAUCAUGAGUUUCCUUACGCUCAUCUUCCAACAGAUCGGUGGUUUGCACUUCUACCUCCUCACCAACGCAACAGGCCAACCUCACCCUGAGUACUCUGCACUUGGUAGAUCCCACUUCAACCCAUCCUCGCCAAUCUUUGAGAAGAAGGAGUACUGGUAUAUCGUCCUGUCCGAUAUUGGUAUGCUGUGCACCUUUGCCCUUGUCUACUGGUGGUCCAAGACCUUCAGCGCUUGGUCUGCUUUCAUCAACUGGUUCGUCCCAUUCAUGUGGGUCAACCAUUGGCUGGUCUUCGUCACCUUCCUGCAGCACACAGACCCAACAAUGCCUCAUUACGAUGAUUCAGAAUGGACAUUCGCCAAAGGUGCCGCCGCCACUAUCGACAGAAACUUUGGAUUUGUCGGCCAACACAUCUUCCACGACAUCAUCGAGACACACGUCCUCCACCACUACGUCUCAAGAAUCCCAUUCUACAACGCUAGAGAGGCUAGCGCCGCUAUCCAAAAGGUCAUGGGAGAGCACUACAGAUACGAAGGUGAAAACAUGUGGCUUUCCUUGUGGAAAGUCAUCAGAUCCUGCCAGUUUGUCGAGGGCGACAACGGUGUCAGAAUGUACAGAAACGUCAACGGCAUCGGCAUCAAGCCAACAGACUCAAAACUAUAGAGACAGCUUGCCGCGAGCCAUAGUUAUAUAUUCGACUCUAUUAGAAGUGAUCUUAAGAGUACAAGUUUGUAUUGCC